UUGACUAUGGCUUACCAAUAUACGGAAAUAGUGCAAAGAGUAAUAUAAAACUGAUCUCUUCGACGUAUCAUGCAGCCGUUCGAAGGAGUAUAYRCGCCUUUCCAACAUCCCCGAUUCAAUGCAUCUUAGCCGAAGCUAGGAUGCCUACCUUACAAGAAAGAAUUGAAUAUACCGCUAUGAGGAUUAUCCCAAAGACCUUUCUCUGCAGAAAUAGUUAUAUUUAUGACACUAUCACAACGAUAUGGGCCGCUAGUAAAACCCCAAGACGCACGCCAACAUUACACAGAGUGCUGGAAUACGCUAAAAUUUUAGGAAUAGACUCGAAACCAUCUGCCUCUCGUCAGCUCACCACCUUGGGACUUAAGCUACUCAUCUUUCCUUAUCGGUUUAACAAAUCACGCCAAGUCAACCACAAGCCCAACAGUAUUCCAACGCCUUUUUUGAAGAAUACAUAGCUCCUUUUCGGGACGAAUGGAAAAUGUACUAUACCGAUGGGUCAAAGUCGAAGGACCACACGUCAUUCGCUGUGGUCCAAGCCGAUGGSAAAACAGUAAUAGCAGGGUAUCUACCAAAUUAUGGAUCAGUGUAUACGGCAGAGGCGGUUGCAGUAUACAACGCAAUACUAGCAGCCUCAGAAUCUAACGACAAGACGAUAAUCUGCACAGACAGUAUGUCAACUAUUGCUASUAUCAUGAAUAUUACUAACAAGGUACCCCUAAUCGCUGAAAUACGCACCAAACUUAUACGAAAAGCCACAGAAAUCAAAAUUAUGUGGAUUCCUGGUCACGCAGGAAUUAUUGGCAACGAAUUAGUGGAUCUGAAAGCAAAAUCCGUAGCUAUGGAGCCAUUAUUUACUUUCAAUUAUAUGGUGAGGAAGAAUAUCUUCCUACUCGUCAAUUACUUCCUUAAAGAACAGAAAACAAAUUCUUGGAACAGUGUGCAAAACUAUUACUCGAACUUCAAUACAACUGGCUUUGAUGACCAACCCAUUUCAAAUACGCUCAAGGCUUUUUCUGAAGAAAACAUCCACAAGUUCUUCCAGCUGAGAGAAUAACUAUUCAUAACAGUUGGGGUGCCAUAUAUAAUAAAGUUGAAGUUUAUACUCGACCCAGAAUGUCUGUGAACAUUUUGAUUUACCGGUAUUUACUCCAAUAGGCGAGAAUAGAUAGCACGAAUACAAGCAACAGGGAUAAAAGAGGUAAUAGUGGUACUCAUAUGGCAUUUAUUGCAAAUUUCGCAAAAUGGCAAUAUCGGAAAACACCUGUUCAUUUUUACAAGCAAAUUUAUUUUGCGGCAAGAAUGCAACUCUGCGAGACUAUUAUCAGUAAAAUUACAUUCAUCUUUUUAUUCUUUUCUCGCGUUUUGAUUUCUCCGCAGUAAUAUGAAAAAUAAAAUAGAUGGCGGAUAAACAGAGAGUUUAGGUGGACGGAGCAGCAAACAACAAACCCGGUCACAAUUGUUUUGGACAAUAUAAAGGGUAAU